AAGGAAUAUACCAGAUCCUCCAACUAAAUCCAAUACGUUAACUUUUUAUCAGGGAAAAGGCUUUUUUCUAUGCAGGCGUUGUUUAGCUUGCAGGAAAACAAACUUUGGAGGACAAAAAUUUUCAAAAUUUGUCUCCAAUGUUAUACAUAAGGAAUACGAAAUUAAAGACCUAAUUACCUGUAGAACCGAAGGAGUAGUUUAUGCCCUUCAGUGUUCAUGUUCCUUUCAAUAUAUUGGACGUAACGAAGAGACCGAUGGAAACGUACAAAAUAUCGAAAAAGGCUUCCCCAAACAUAAUGUAUCGCGACAUUUCGCUCUAUGUCACCAAAAGAACCCCAAUGAAUUAAAGUUUUGGGCUAUUGCCAAAUAUACACCUCAUUGGAGGUGUAGCCAUAAGGUGAGGGAAUUGAGUAAAAACGAAUCGAGAUGGAUACACGAAAUGAGAUCUUUAUCGCCUAAUGGCUUGAACAUUGAAUUUGAUCUUAAUUGCUUCAUCUCAGAUUAUUAAUCAGGGUUUUUUUUCUCAGUUUUAACCAAUUAAUCUAUUAGUACAUAUUUCUAGUAUACAUUUAUUUUGUAAUAUAGAUAUUGUAUUUAUAUUGAUUCUGAUUAAUUUUUAAAAAUUUUAAGGACAUAAUAUCAUAAUAUUGCAAGUAGUUGCUAUUUUUAGGAUGCAGAUCAUAAUAAGUCAUAUUUAUAUCUAUGAAGAAUUUAUUUUGGUUCUAGUAGUGGCUUGUCCCGUUAUAUAAACUUUGGCCACUGGGGGCUGCUAUGCUGUUUGCAUAUCCUUAAAAGUGUCCGGUUUAUACGUUUGUAUUUAAGUUCUAUUGAUUUUUAUCUUAUUGUAUUAAAAAUUAUUGUUUAAUGUGGUUCUUUGUAUAUGCCAUUUAUAAACAUUCUCAAUAGCCAGCAAUGAUGUAAGGUGUUCAACUUCUUGUGCUGCAUUCCCCGUUGGUCUGGUCAUCUCACUGGCUAUAAAUAACGUCAGCUGAGAUGUGACCUGCAGUUACCCAUGACUAAGUCACGUGUUCAGUGACGUAACGCGUGGUGGAGGAGCUACGAACGGGAAUGACGGAUUGCACAUCCGAAUGAAGAGAACAUCCAUCCUGAGCAGCUUGUUUUUGCCUGUUGUGUCCGGGUGAUUCGAUGAUGAAGACCAGACUGCUACAGUGGAGGAAUUGGAGAAGCCGAUCGAAGAGCUAGCGAAGCAACACAACCAAUACAGGAAGAAGCUGUUAGAAUCCUCCCAUUCCUUGCGGUCCAUGAUGUUUGGGCAGAAUCAGUAUCGGAGGCGGUACUGGAUUCUUCCACAGUGUGGCGGCAUAUUUGUGGAAGGAAUGGAGAGCGGUGAAGGACCAGAGGAAAUGGCAAAAGAAAGAGAAAGACAUCGACAGGCUGAAAAUGUUGAGAUAAAAGAAGAGAAGCUUGUUGGUCUUGAUGAGAAGCCAAACUGCCUGAGUCCCGGGGAGCAGAAAUGUCUGAAGGAUAAAGACAGCACCAACUUGUUCGUCCAAGAACCUGGAUCCUUCUCCAAACUGAGCAAACUGUUAGAAGUAGAGAAAAUUCCCCCAGAAAUGGACUUUGUGCCCCCAAAGCCAAGUAUUUCAACAAAUGGCUGUUCUAUCCCUUUUCAAAAUAAAACCCAGAGCACUCCCAUCUCUUUGCAGGCCAGCACAUCCCAAUGCAAUCCUGAAAAGACAGACUUUUCCUAGCAGCAACAGUGUAGAACCAUGAAAAAAGUUAUUUGAUGCAGUAAAACCUGUACAUUAUCAAGGGGAGUGCCAGUCUCUUAACUGAGGAUUUUAGGGACGGUUUUCCAUUACCAGUUUUCUCUGGCUUUGGCUGCCAGCCCGUGAAGAAUUUAAAGUCGGUGGAUAGUCACAUGCAUUGCUGAGGUGCAAUUAUGGCCCAUUCUUCUAUACAUACAGGAGGUGUCCCGAAGCUGUCAUUACCAACAAAGUGUAUGAAUUAUAAAAUGUUCAGUUGGCGUGUUUAA